UCUCCUUCCCAACCCCCAAAACGGGGCAGCAGCACGCCUCUCCUCCCAAAAACCAUGAAAACCCCCACUCCAUCAUAAACCCCAUCUCAACCGUCCAUUCCCAAAUUCAUUCCGAUGGACCGCCUAAUCACCGUUGAUACCAAGGACCUCCAGCUCUCCUUCACCCCAAACAAGCCCUCCACAUCACAGACCUUCACAAUCACCAACCUCAUGCACACCAUGUCAGUUGCGGUGUCCCUCAGUACCACCGAUUCCACCCUCUUCUCGUUCAAACCUCCUCUCCCUCUUACCGUACUCCCGCCUCUCUCUUCCCUCUCUUACUCCCUCCUCUCUCUCUCCUCUCCUGCCGCUUCUCUCUCCUCCCACACGCUCUCCAUCCGCUCCUCCAUGCUCCCAACGGGCAAAGCUCAGCCGUCCGAUCUUCGCCGUCUCUUCUCCAGCCCCGGACGCCACAUCUUCAAAGACGCCUCCUUACCGAUCGCGUUCGUCGGCCCUCACGUCGUUGAUUUCCUCCUCCGAUCUCCACGGACCGUCCCAACGGACUUUCUCCUCUCCAAGGCCGUCUCCGGAUGCUCCGGACCGCAGAUCUCCGCGCUCGUACGCGACGCGGCCCGCGUCGGGAAUCCGGAUUUCGUGUCGACGCUGAUCGACGCUGGCGGGGAUGUGAAUUGUAAGGGAUCGGAUGGGGCGUCGGCGAUCUCGGUCGCGGUGGCUUCCGGGCAUGUUGGGGUUGUUCGGGUUCUGGUCGGGAAUGGCGUGGAAUUCGAUACGGCUGUCGAUCGGUUCUGGCACGACGCGGCUGCAGCGAAUCGGGUGGAUCUGAUGGAGGCAUUGUUGGAGUGUUGUGGAAUUGAUUCGGUGGAUUCGAGCGGCCGAGCCGCGGUCCAUGUUGCUGCUGGUCGUGGCCAUGUCGAGGCGCUGAGGUUCUGUGUUUCGGCCGGCGGUGACCCAUGCCGUGUGGAUUUGAAUGGCUGGACCCCACUGCAUUGCGCCUCGGAGGAGGGGCGUCUGGAGGCAGUUGAAUUCCUUCUGGAGCAUGCCCCCUUCACAAAGUAUGCCGUGACGAAGGAUGGGAAGACACCGUUCUCGCUAGCUGUAGACGGCGGGCAUUUCCAUCUGCUCGAUGUACUUCGCCUGGACGACGUCUUGCAGAGGGCCGCGGGCAUGGAUGAUGUUCAUGGCCUGAAGAGCUGCCUCUCACAGGGCGCAAAGGUGAAUGUGCGGGAUCAGAAUGGUUGGACCCCACUACACCGGGCUGCGUUCAAGGGUCGGAUCGAGAGUGUGAAGCUCUUGAUUAGUCAUGGGGCGCAGGUCGAUCUCGUGGAUGAUGCAGGGUACACCCCACUCCAUUGCGCAGUCGAGGCUGGGCACGCCCAAGUGGCGCUUUAUCUGAUCACCAAUGGGGCCCGUGUGAAUCCGAAGAGCAUGAAAGGUGGACCGAUCAGCACCCUCGUGGGUUGCUUUUGCCCAAGUGUGCCUACUCUGAGUGUUGCCCAUUAACGGUUAGAUUUUAUCUGGGGCCACUCACUUGGUGUAUAUGGGUUUCGGUUUUCUACAGAAGGCAGAGAAGGUCAUAGGUAACUUCAGCUCGAACCCUUGACCUCACUAUUGGAAUGCAGGCUAUCUUCCAUUGAGCUACAUGCUCGAACCCAGUAGAGAAGGUUGUUCAGCAACCCCAUGCACUCUCUUACAUGCCACUUGCCAACCUGGCUGGUCCAUGGGACACCUGAGGUUCAUGAGGUGGACCCCACCAUGUAGAUGAACGUAGAGAAAUAAGCAGGUCCACUCACAAGGUCACCCAUUCGAUGGACCAGAUGACUUUAGAGAACUUGCCAACCUCAUCUUUUGACAAGCCAGUUGACAAGGAAUGUCUGGUCUGCCAUGGAGCUAGCAAACCUUGAUCCUUCGAAGCAUACAAAUAUAUAUAUAUAUAUACAGACGGGAAUUUAGUCACUUUGGGAGGAAAGAAAUAACCGUUGCUUCAUGAAUCAGAUGGGUCCGGUCUCGGUUUGUUUCAACAGUGCUAGGCAAUUAGUUCAGUGGUGGGCUAUCUCUGUAAAUAUUGUAGAUUCUAAUUUAUUUUAUUUUUUUUUUCCAGUUUUCUGGUCUUCUCUGUAUUUUUGUGUAAAUAGCUUCUCAAAUGAAUACAUGAUGGCCUUCCCAA